CCGAUAUAUAUAAGAAGUGGCGCCACAUUUCGCCUCUCACUCGACGUGGUUGCAGUCCGGAGUGUGGAGUGGCGUGGAUUGGCGUAGCGUAGCGUAGCGGUGCGCGAGUGUUGCUCCUCUGAUUCCUUCCGGCGUGCCUGGCUGUGUCAUCCAUCCUUCCGUCAUGGCCGCCUCCAUGUGGAUAUGUGUCGCCGCCCUCGUUCUCGCCUCAGCAGGCCUGGGCCACAGCAGGAGUCUGCCGGCGGCGCGUGACCAGGGACAGCUGCCCCCCGUGCCGGGCUACAUCCCCGUCUACAUCCAGAGCGGGGACUCGCCGCCCGACGUGCAGCGCCUGUACGAGUCGCACCGCACCCUGGCCAGCCAGGGCCACGUGCCUCAGUGA